AUGACAGGCAGACACAUCGGCAGACUCCAAGCCACCUAUUUUCAUAGUAACUCAAACAUCACGGAGGAACCUUCCGCACAACCCUCCGCAGAACCCUCCACAGAAAAUGUUAGCAUAAAAGCGCGUGAUCCGGGCCCGGACCCACCCCGAAUGGGGAACCCUUCUGAGGGGCAGAGUGUGAAGCGCACAUUGCCGAUCUUUUUGCCACGCCUGCUACAAGGGAUCCUAGCACGAUCAAUCCUGAUAGGGGGCACUGCGGCUAUCGUUUCGAACUUGGCUGAGCUGAAAAAGGAUCCAAAGUACUACAGCUUCACUCUCUUUCUUCUUCCUCAAAUCACGGAGCUCUGCAUGUUCAUUGUCACAAUUUUCGCCUUUCGUAAGCUGAUGGCGUCUCUGGAGAAGUGGUGA